AUAUAGGCAAUAUUGCGAUAUGAUUACGAUCAUCGAUGGACCUUGAGGAAGAGUGUGCUACAUGCAUAGCCAGAAACGAAGUUAGCAGAGCUUGGUCUUUUGCAUUCACCUCCCCAGUCCAAGAAAAUUACAAGCACUGGAUUGAAAUCCUGCCGACUUCGUAGAAGGAUCGACCAAGCAGUGCAGCCGGCGGUCGACCUUGUCCGCCCUUCAUCACGGCACAGUAGGAGAGAGGUCACAGCCAUUACAGGAUCUGAUACCACUGAAGAGUCCGAGGAAUACUGUGAAUUGGAAUCAGCACAUGAGCGCAUGGAGGCUAUUCAGAACGUUCCUGAACCUAGUCCAGGUGACCUUCCUGGCCUUCAAGGCAUUCCAGUGGAGGUUCGGGAUAUGGCUGCAAAAAUAGGCUUCGAAAUCGGCUGUAGGCCGUUCCAGCUGUUCUACACAGCAUAUGAUAAAUGGAAGUCGGAUUUCAAGCCGGCUUUUAACAGUCCAGGAUCAGCCAAGGCUACCAUGGACAGCACCCUCUACUAAAUGGGAUUCAGGGAGAGAGACCUUCUUGACCAGCAGCAGGUCAACAGGGUGAGCCUCAAAACGUUCAAGGAGAGUGUCAAGCCCAAGUUGGUUCACGUGGUGCCACCAAACUUCAUCAAUGGGCUUGAGACAGCCUUUGAGGCGGUUGCCAACCCAAACCCCCGGAAGAGGAAGAACAGCUGGGAUAGCCACGAAGGAGAUGGGGGCGACGGUGAACGUGAUGGCACCAAGGAUGCAUCAGGAAGUGGGACUUCACAGGGUGUGCAGCGUGCCAAGAGGUACAUCCUGGAGAAGUUGUACAAGUUCUUCAAUCCAGUCCUGAAGGACUUCAAUUCAGCAUCCAAGAUCUACUUGGAAGUGACCGAAAAGGAAAUUGAGGACUUCGUGGUUAUGCUGGGUGGGCGAGACAGAACUGUGGCUGGCUUCCACUUGGACUCAGAAGCAACCGACCAGGACAUACACGCACGUGUCCGGAAGUCCCUGGUUGAGAGAUGGAACAACCGCAAGAAGUGGAUUGGAAAUCUACAGCAGCAGGCCAAUGUGGAGGAUGCUUUGAGAUUCAACUCCUUUGGAGCUGACGAAGAGGAGUUUGAGAAGUACCAGUCUUCACAGUCGCACCUGGAAUACUUGCAGAAGAGCUUAGGGCCUCUAAACAAUGAAGAUGACAAGUUCGUCUUCAUUGUUGAGGGCAAGGACAGUCCUGUGCUCUUAGCUGGCGGUGUGGUCUUUGGCAGUCUUGAAAACGUCGUGCACGACAUGGACAAGGUGUCCGUUUUCAUUCUGCACAGGGUGAACAACAGCAAGAAGACCUCCAUGGUAUUGCCCAGUGGUACCAUUAAGGUUGGCAAGGAGCUAAAGAAGCACACGGUUGUAGAGCUUCCAGUGCAGAGCCUACUUGGCAGAUUCAACAAGCAGCAGGUCAAGGAGUGGGCUUUCUCCCAUGGCUGCACAAAUGUUCUAUGGAAUGACUCCAUGGUCCAGUACAAGGGCAAGCUGGCGUUGGUUGCUUAGAGAGGUUCCUUGAUGAGCAGGGAUACAGAGCAAGUGGGCAGCUGCAGUCUAGGGCUAUGUGGUUCAGUGGUGUGUAGUAGGUGUUCACUAGAAAAAAAGGAAGCAGUGCAGUAGUAGUGU